UUAUCCGAUUCAGGUUUUCGUUUCGCUUCGAGUUCGAGCUUGUUCCUCUCACAAAUUUUCAGGUUUCUUUUGGGUUAUGGUAUCCGUGAAGAAACCCUUCUUCCAAUACUGUGUUUCGUCCCUUAACAGCUUCAAUUGACGCCCAUCCAUGGCGACCCACCUUCAAAUUUCCGCUAAAAUGGCCCUUCACGCCCCUGUUCUUCUAGCGCCCAGACUUCGAUCACCGGAAUGCAGCCACGUAGUGAGUUUAAAACCACAUAAAAGAAUUCAGAAUGCUAGAUCUAUGGUCUCUUGUGCAAUGAAUAUGAGUGCAGGACAAUCAGAUGAUCCAGGGAGGGCGAGUUGGGAUAGUUUGAAGAACAGGGUAAAAAAACUUUGGGACAACUCACCAGAGCCAGUGAAGUGCUUCCCUUGGAAUGAAGCAUUGAAUAACUUCAUCCAGCUUAUUGCUGAUCUCAUCUUGUCGGUCAUCAAAUACUUGAGCGUACCAUUGCUUGUCGUCACAUCUCUCAGCGAGAUGUCCUACUGCGCCCAUGAAAAGAAGCUUCUUAUUGUCCCAUUUCCAUUAAUAAUUGGCUUCUCUGUUGCUGAGGUCAUGAGACAGACAGCUUUGAGUCUAUCUCCAAUUCUUAAGGAUCUAGAAGUACCAUGGCAUUUAAUCACAAUUGCUCUGUUCUUCACACUCAUUAAACUGCCUGGCCCAUACUACCCAUAUUGGGGACGCAUAUUCCUUCCUCAUUUUGCAAAUGGGGGUCUGUUGAGAACAGUAUGGUCUAUGUUUUUCUGGUUUAGAAGACCUCGAAGGACAUCGAUGUUGCUGAAGCAGAAAGAGAAUCACCUGGAUACACCGAAGAACUAAUCGAGGAGUAGCACAGAAAGUUUGAGAUGAAUUAUUCAGAACGAAGUGUGAUUGAACGAGGCGAGGGAGCGAACUGAUGAAUAAAUUGUUGUAGUACGAGACCGAUUAUAGUUGAUUGAGGGAUUGUUUUGGUGAUGGAACAUUGGAGAUGAGCCUUAAAAUGAAGGCUAAAUGUGUUUUCAUGUAGUAGCACAGAAAGUUUUGGAGGCUGUAUUUACGUAUCAUAAUUGUUGGAGUAACUCAAAUCCUAGAACAUGAACAUAGUACACAAUGUUCUUCAAUUCCUUCCUAAAUUUUAAGAAAAUUCGUAAGA